UUGGUAUCGUAUUAAUUUGAUUUCUAUUUGAGGAUGCCCUUCUCGCUAUAUAUAUGUAGCCAGCAAGCUACACCGUAUACUAUACAGUAUUCUCUCUCUAUUUACUAGUCAAGUAUGGUGAGGAGGGGUAGAAGGAAAGGCGUGAGGUACAUCGAAGAGGAUAGAGAUCGCAGCCUCACCCUCAGCAAGAGGCGUGAUGGGCUGUUCAAGCUUGCAAAUGACCUCUCCCUUCUCACUGAUGCAAGCGUCGCAAUUUGCCUACAUGACAGCAAUAAGGUACUGUUGUCCCACUAUGCUUAUGAAUAUGUCAUCAUGCUGUACCUUGAAUUGUAUUAUUAUUAUUGUAAUGUUAAAUGGAAUUCGUUUGAAAUAUUUGAGCCAUUUGCCGAUGAACAACUGAAGGCCAAGCUUACGUCAAUGCAAAGUGAGCUGGUCCAGCUAGAGAAUGAAGAAGAAGAGAAGGACAAGAAGACUGAAGAAUCAAUCCAGCGCUUCAAGGAGGCCCAAGAAGAGAGCUUAGGUAUGGGUAUGGCCAAGCAUCUAUUCUCCAGGCUAGAGGAUCUCAGCCACGAUGAUAUGCGUGAACUUUUAGAUGUACUCUUGCCGCUCCAGCAAGAUUUCAAGAAGCGGCUGCCUCCCCUACGUCGUGGCAGCAAGCUGCAAAUUGGUGGAUCAAGUGCGUGGGCACAUCAGCAGCCCUCGUGUUCUCGCUUCUUGGCCUCACACCGUCCAUUCACUCCAUUACUUCCUGGAGGGACAUCAGGAGUUCCGAUGAUACCUCCGCCUCCAGUGCCGGGCUCACCAUGGUCUCAGAUAUUUCCGCUACGGCCACCACUGUUUCCUUCUCCAGAGUUAGUGCCAUCCCAACAAUUACCACCAGUAUCACCGCCGCAGAACACAGUGGCACCUCCUCCAAUGCAUGCUCCAUUGGUGCAACAGCCACUUACUAAUCAAUCAUCGGCGGUUCCCCUGCUGACGCAAUGGCAAAUGCGUUUUGGGGAUCAGCCACCCGCUGAAGUGCAAGCAUGCACUCCCGUAGAGCAACCUCAGAAUGACAAUGCAGUCCAUACCCCAACCUUCAGCGACAGUUUCCUUUUGGAGUUGUUGGCUGAUGUCAGCGAUGAUGGCAUUGCUACUGCUGAACCAUUGUGUUCUCCUCCUAUUGAUGACCAGUUUUUGGCUGACAUCGACUGGCUUGCUGAAUUGGACACUAUCGAUGGAAAUUUAUAG